AUGAUGUUGGCCACACGAAUUCAGUCGUUUAAAUUUUUUUUGGAAAUUCCGAUUAUGAACUCAGAAUCGCAAAAAGAUGCAGUAGCUGUAGCUCCCUCAAUGAUUCCUGUGACGAUCCUGUCUGGAUUUUUAGGCGCUGGUAAAACAACGCUGCUUAAAUACAUCCUGUCGUCUUUCCAUGGCAGACGCAUAGCAGUGAUUGAGAACGAAUUUGGAGAGGAGAUUGGUGUAGAGAGUCUCGUGGCCAAAGACGGCGCUGACGGGAACGUGAUGGACGGGUUUUAUGAGCUUAGCAAUGGAUGCAUAUGCUGCUCAGUACGUGACGAUCUGGUGAAUACUUUGGAAAAGCUGCUAAAGCGCCGUGAUCGCUUUGAUUAUAUUGUGGUAGAGACCACGGGCAUGGCAGAUCCCGGCAGAGUUGCUAGUAUUUUUUGGGUAGACAGUGAACUGGAAAGUCGGAUAUUUCUGGACGGAAUCGUCACACUUGUGGACUCCCCGCGUCUCGAUUUUUAUCUGAAGCACCCGGACACGCUGCGAGAGGCGGUGGCACAAUUGGCUUACGCGGACCGGAUAUUGCUAAAUAAGAGUGAUCUUUUGUCGGAUAUGAAGCAGCGUGCUAGUAUUCAGCGUCAGGUCAAGCAGAUUAACGGAAUGGCCAGCGUCAGCUGGACUGAAAGGUCCAGAGUCGACUUGGCUGACAUUCUCAAUAUUAAAAGCUUCACGACCAUCAGGGCCGAGCAAGUGGAGAAAGAGCUGCACGCGCUAAUGCACAAAAGGAAGGAAAUUUUUGACCAAGAGCAGUGCAAUGGUGAGGAUCAUGACCAUUCGAUUCACACUGGUGGCAUGCAGACUGUGUGUGUGAGGAUUAAAGACGCGCCACUGGACCAGGACAAACUCGAGAGGUGGCUUGGGGAGUUGUUGUGGGAACAAGAUGUAGGUAAAAGUGCUGAAAGUAUGUUAGGCACUGAUGUCGCGUUACGACAGAAGAUUUUUCGUAUGAAGGGUAUUGUUUCAGUCGCGAAUGAACGGAAAAAGUACAUAUUGCAGGCUGUUCAAGAGCUGUUCGAGGUGUAUGCCUCUGAAGAAUGCUGGAAUGACGACGAAUUUGUAAGCAACGAGAGUCGCGUCACGCAAAUUGUUUUCAUUGGUCUUCAUCUGCAUAAAGACCAGUUUGAAGAAGGUUUGCGAAGCUGUUUGACUGAUAGCUGUGGGUAA